CAAGCUUCACAUGUAAACAGCUGUUCGGGUUAAAAAAAAAUUGUUUGGUGGGGAUGAUACCAGAAGUCUUAGCUGGCAUGGAAGUCUCUGAGCGCCUUUAAAUUGCGCAGAAUUUCUCAAUCACCUUCCCCCCGCUUCCUUCAUUUCCUUCUCCUAAGAGAAUUUGCUGGUCGCCUCAGAUUUAGAUCAUCCUGCAUAGUUCUAGUAAGUUUUAGGGCUACUUUAGAACAGCUGUUGCAGGGUUAGGGUUAGGGUUUUGUGAAGUACAGUGAGUUUAAAGCUUCUUGUCUGCGCUGCUGCUGUGCCGUAUCUGAUUCUGUUAGUUUUUAUGCUGUUGAGCUUUGCUUGCUUGAGUACCUAUACUCUGCCAAAUUUUUGACUGAAUCGGUACUGCUUUUUUCCGAGGGUUUCUGUCGGACCAGAUCUCGGGCUCGAGUCCCGGGGAGAAGUUGUCCUUUUGUUUUCUGCGAGGUUCUUUGAUCAUGGGAUUCCUCGCAGGACAGUAUAUUCUUGUGAUCCCCAGACUGCUGGUGCACGCAGCAUUUUUGCUGUCUGUUUUGAAAAAUGUGUUCUUUUGGGCUCUACGGUGCGUAGGGCUGGCGGAGAUCUUCGAACCUGAGACCUCUGAGCACACAGAAAAUGCCUCCGGCUCUCUAUUUUCUGCAGAAGUCAUCAGAGAGCACUUGCCUGUUGCCAUGUUUGGGGAGGUCUCGAAGAGAUUUUGUGCAGUUGAGGAGGAUUUUAUUUGCGCUGUAUGUUUGUGCGCAUUUGAGGCGGAUGAUGAGAUCCGAGAGCUCUGCAAUUGCCGUCAUAUUUUUCACAGGGAUUGUUUGGACAAAUGGCUUGAUCAUGAUCAGAAUACUUGCCCUCUCUGCAGAUCUUCUCUCAUGCCCGAAUUUGAUGAAUCAGAAGAUAACUGCCAUGAAUCUCCGUCAUGGGUUGUAGACAGAAUCUCAUAUGUUUUUGCAGAAGAUUUAGUCCCUUUCGCGUCCUAGCAUUCACUAUGGAAGAAACUCCAACAAUUAAUUAUUGGUGUACAUAUGGUAAACGAUUAUAAUGAAGAUGGUUCUGCCAUUUCGGAUCUA